AUGAACAUCAACCCACCGUCUACCAACUUGUCAUCCACAGAAUCGAGUAUUACGAAAUUCAUCAUGAGCUCUUCCGGAUCCCUUCAAGGUCGCUCCCCAAACCUUACCUACCAUGGGCCCGACAUGUCGAGGGGGGAGGCAGGUAAUUGGCUGAGAAGAAGCAGCAUGGAAGCUGCCUGCUUAGAGACGCAUGGAAGGUUUUACAAGUCACCCCGUGUCAUCUUCUCGAGGUAUAUGCCCGAUGCACCGAAGAAAGCCCCUCAGAGCGGGCUUCCCACGGACUGGUCACGCAAUGUGGCGCACCGGAACCGUAAGUGUUUUCGGGCACUUGAGUGGCAUAAGAACAAGGCCACGUUCAUGGAAAGGAUUCCGAAGCACAGGCACACGGAGCCGUUUAAGCUUACUCCCCUCCGAAAGCGGUGGGACAGGAGCGAGGAACCGGUCGGAGGCCCCGAAAACAACGAUUUGACUAGCGCCACGCCCGAGAAGCUGCUCAAUGUUCCGGACAACAAGCCCAGCUACAAGCGGGCGGCCGAGGAAAUGGCUGGCGCUGACGACAAUGCUGACGGCCAGCAGGCGAAGCGUCUUCGCGUCGAUGGCCCCGAGGCACAGGCUAACACAAAGCCUGCUAACCAGGCUGAGGGGGACAGUGUCAACCAGACCGAAGGGGUCGAACAGAACCAGACCACAAAGAGACGCGAAUUCAACCCGGCGAAGCUCAAGAAGCACUCCAGGCUUGCGGCUAUCAAGAGGCAAGGUCGGCACGACAGAUCAGAGGCAAGAAAUGCUAGUCAUUCCGAUAUGACGUCGAAUAAGAGGCAGGAGAAAAUCGAGAGGUUCCGCAGCGACAGAAGGUAUCGGACUAGGGAACCAAUAAGUGAGGCACGGAUGGUUUAUUUCGCUGCACGCAUGGAGGAAAUUCUGGGUCCUGAAAGUGCUGCGCCGGAGAGCGUCCAGGUCUCCGCAAUGCCGGAGGAGAGUGAUGCAGAGGUCACUGCUGGAUCUUCCUCGACCGAGGAGCCGCCCACGCAACUCCGCGGCUCCAAGCGCGACGCUUCAGAGGCGCUUGCCACUGACGGCGGAGAGGGCAGAGAGGCCGACGAGCAGCCGGCGAAGCGUCGCCGCUUCGCUACGCCGAAGUCACAGGCCAGCAAGCCCACUGGUAGUCAGCUGCCAGUCACUCAGACCUCAACGCAAACCGAGGACACCCCCGCCGCCACCUUUUCCGAGCCAAUCGAUGAGUCCGACGCUUCUAGAUCCGCCCGCAAAUCCGCCGAGAAGCUGGAAAAGAAGCGUCGUCGCGCUGCGCUGAGGGCCCAAGCCGGCAAGUCCGCUGGCAGCCAUGUCCCAGUCACUUCGCAGUUCUCAACGCAAGCUGCGGACGCACCCGCCGCCGCUACCGCUGCUCGCACCACCGAGUCAGGAGCUUUCGCACUCGAUAGCCCGCCCGCAGAGAAGAGUCACCGCGCUGCGCCCAAGUCCCAGGGCACCAAGGCCACUGAGCCAGUCACCGGCGCAAAAGAUGCGGCGGGAUCGAAGAACACUGAGACGCAGUCAGUCAGCAAGCGCGUCACACGCUCCCAGAGCAAGGCCGCUGCCGGUGCCGUUUCAGUUGAAGCCAUUGGCCCCGCGCGAGGCGAGCCGGCCGCGGUCGAAGAGAUUGCGAAGCGUACCCGCCGUCGCGCUGCGCCCAAGUCCCGCGCCGCCGGAGCAGCCCGCAAGACAGCGGACUCUCUCCCCGCCACCACCGGCGCGAAGAUCCAGGCUGGGUCUUCCUCGACUGCCGCGCCAGCCAGCAACCGCGACGAGCCACCCGCCGUCCGAGACCUCGCGACGCAACCCCGCCGCGGCGCCAUGCCCAAGGCCCGCGCCGCCGCCACGAGCAGUCUCUCCGCCACCACCAACGCAAAACCCACUAACCCAGCUAGCCCACCGAGCACUGCCACGCCGCAAGACAGGCGCCGCGUCACCCGCUCGCAAUCCAAGGCCGCCGCCGCCGCCGCCGCUGCCGCCGCCACCACCACCGACCGCCCGCGCGACGACCAGACGGUCAACGAGCCCGCGAAUCGACGCACCCAACGCGCCGUGUCCACGAAGCCCCACAGAGCGAUCGACUUCAGGGCCGCGGACGCUCCCGCCGCUACCACCGAAUCCGCACGAGCCGCGACGGCGGGCCGCUCCGCGCGUGCUACUACGACUCGCGCCGCUACCGCCACCCGCACCGCAGCGCGGCGCAAUGACACUGGGACAACUGAGACAACACAGCACAAGGGGAAGGGGAAGGGGAAAGGAAAGAUGAAGAAGCGGUAG